GGCGUCUAAUCGAUAAUAGAGAGACACCAACAUGUAUCCAGUCCAGCUGUGGUCCGAGUCACUGCGCUGCUCGUCACUAACUCGCUGUUUUCUCUGUCUCAACAGGGUGUGAGGAUCAAAAACAGUCAAAAUGUCUGAAAAGAAAAUGACCUCCAGCCGCAGGCAUAAUCUGAAGAGCCUGAUGCUUCAGAUCGCUGCCAACUGGCUGGAGAAUGAGAAGAAGGAGCUGGAAGCUGCAAAAGAGGCCUACAUGGCCGAGAACUGCCCAGCCCCAGACCUCAGUGGAGACACGGCCGCCCUCAUGGAACUCUGCAAGAAGCUCCACCAGGCCAUCGACGUGAUCGAUGAUGCCAGGUACGAUGCUGAGGCCAAAGUUCAGAAGUCCGACAAAGAGAUCGAGGAUCUGAAGCUGAAGGUGGUGGAGCUGGCUGGAGUGAAGAAGCCCGCCCUGAAGAAGGUGCGCAUGUCUGCUGACGCCAUGCUGCAGGCCCUGCUGGGAGGAAAACACAAGGUGACCAUGGACCUGAGAGCCAACCUGAAGCAGGUCAAAAAGGAGGUGAAAGAGGAGCCCACAGAGGCCGUCGGUGACUGGCGUAAAAACAUUGAGGACAAGGCCGACAGGAAGAAGAUGUUUGAGUCUUCCUAAACCCCUCCUGGACCGGCGAGGACGACGGCAGGGGCAACGUCUCUGUCCGAGGUCUGAGAGACUGAAUGUGUGUCCGUCUGGACAUUCAGGGACGAUGUUUAGGCGCCAUUUUCUUGUUUUUCUGGUUGUUUUUGUGAUGCUGUCACCCCCUCAUCCCUAAGAGAAAGACACUGAAUGAAAAUCAAAGAAACAUGUUCGUGUACUGUCAAAACUUCUGGCAGAGAGCAUUACUUCAAAAUGUACAGGUUUCCAUGGAAACGGUAGAAAUAAAUGUUUUGAAAUAAGGAUGAAUUUGGUUGCUACUUUUAUCCGUUUGUUAAUUCUUCCACAGAUUUGAAACUGGCAGCUGAGUGAGGCUGGAAAAUAAACAAAAAAGAGAAACAAACCAAAAUGAAAACAAUGAGAAGACAAUAAAUUAAGAAAUGAUUCAAUCGAAGUUU